AUGUCUAACCCACACCAAGACAAGUCUCCACACCAAGAUGUUCCACACCAAGACACACCAGAUGUCUCAACCCCAAGACCCACACCAAGAUGUCCAACCCACACCAAGAUGUCUCAACCCACACCAAGAUGUUCCAACCCACACCCAGAUGUCUCAACCCACACCAAGAUGUUCUCCAACCCCACCAAGAUGUCUCAACCCACACCUAGAUGUCUCAACCCACACCUCACACCCACACCAAGAUGUCUCAACCCACACCAAGAUGUCUCAACCCACACCAAGACGUCUCAACCCACACCAAGAUGUCUCAACCCACACCAAGAUGUCUCAACCCACACCAAGAUGUCUCAACCCACACCAAGAUGUCUCAACCCACACCUAGAUGUCUCACCCACACCUAGAUAA